AUGGACUCGCCUAACAUCUCCGAGCUCAACGACUUCCACAGCGGCUCCCGCCUGCUAUCAGAACCCUCCUUAUCUCACGAUUCCAGCUCUGGCCUAUCAGGUACUGGUCCAGGCGGGAACGACCUCUCGCUCUCCGAACUAUCGCUUUCCGACCGACCGCAGCCCGGCCCAUCGCGCAAGCCGAAAUUUAGUCUCCUCGCACAACCGCUUCACCAAGACGACCUUUCAGACGACAGCGCUGUUGCCGAUGGGGACUACGAUCCAGAUGCAACAGAACAGCUUGAUGAGACAAUGACUCAGGAGGACGUAGAGAAAGCGAGGAAACUGGCAUCCAGGACGCGCGAGGAGAAACUGCAGCACGAUCUGUUUAUUCUCAAGAAGCUCAAUUCAGCGUUUGAUGUGUACAAAGAAGCCUUGAGGGAGACCAAGUCCAGUACAGAGCGCGUGGCGAUACAAUUGGAUCAUACGUAUUCACUCUUGGACAAAUAUGUCAGGAUUCUAUCGAAGUCGGAAGAUGUCACUCGGCUGAUCAUGGACGAGCGUUGGCAAGGGGCAGAAGCGGACGAGGAGAUCAUCGAGCAAGAACGUCAAGAGGCAAUCGAGCGUGCGCGUCGCGAAGAGGAGGAGCGCAGACUAUCCGAGCAACGAGAACGAGAGCGGAAGGAGCAAGAACGCAAAGAGCACGAGGAGCGCGAAGAGCGCGAACGACUCGAGCGAGAACGGAAUGAAGCGGUUAAGCAGGCGGGAAGAGGCAGUGGUGUCAGAGGAGUGAGAGGUACCAGGGCAUUCAUGCGCGGAAUGCGGGGAGUGCCUCGUGCUGCUCCAGCUGCGAGUGGGAGUACCAUCGGCACACGAGGAGUACGAGGAACGACUGCAAGAUCAACAUCAUCGGCCUCCACUCGAUCAGUUGGCAGCGCUCGUGGUAUACCACGGAAGGUCUGA